UUAGACCACAUUGCAAUUUUAAAUGUUCAGUUAACUUCUGGUUUCAGAUAACUAAGUAGUAAGCUUAAUUUCUCCUUCACUGGGUUUGUCUCUUAAGUACCCCAAACCAAAGAAGCCUUUCUUUGCUUUUCAGCCAGCACCAGCUUCCUGUGAAGCUUCACCAGGGCUUGUUUCUUUGAUCUCAUCUCAGGUGACAUGCGUGGGGGCUGUGCUGCAGCUGUACCUAAUUGUACUUAACAGUGCUGCAUGUGACAGUGAUAAAUUCACAGACAUAAGGACAGAAAGACACCAGAUACCAAUAAGCCUGCACAAGAUUCCAUGUACAUGAAGUGUAGACAAUUGAUUGACAGUAUUAGAAAUAGGACCACUGUUCCUAGUGGGGAGGAAGGAGAGGUAGACUCAGGAAGGGAUGAGGAAGACUUCUCACAAGCUCUAGUAUUUUAUUACCCUGAUGUGUUGGCUUUGUAAAGCUUUAUUGAAUAUAUGUUUGUGAUUUGGUCCCUUUCUUGUGUGCAUGUUAUAGUUGGGUAGGCAACUCUUGCAUCAACACCAAAGCCCAAGCCAUAAACCAAGCAUGGCGAAGCACAUCUAUAGUCCUAGUAGUCAGGAGGUUGAGGCAGGAGGAUUAGAGUUUGAGCUAAUAGUGAGGACCUGCUUCAAAAACAAAUUUAAAAAGAAAAAUCAAGCAUGGAUUGGGAGAAGACAUUUAUAAAGACACAUGUAACAGGCUUUGUAUCUAGAAUAUGAUUUAAGUUUUUUUCUUGUGUGUGCCUGCAGGUGCAUGCACACAAAAAGUCAGAAAAAGGGAUUAGAUUCCCAGGAGCUGCCCCAUGUGAGUGCUAGGAACUGAACUCUGAUCCCUAGAACCCUUGGGAAAAAGCCAGAUAUGGUGGCAUGGGCUGUUCAGCUGAGCACUGGGGGAGUGCCAGUGAGAGCCCCUCAGAGGAGGUCAAGGGGAUUCCUGUGCUGGUCUUCUGGUACUCCCACAUACAUACACACAGCUGUCUGGUUACUUCCUAUCUAUCUGCAUCCCCAUCUGAACAGGUUGGUGAAGCAGAGAAUAAGAUCUGAGAGGAUCUGUAGCCUCCAUAAUGGAGCUCAACAAGGUUUCUUCAGCAGAGAUGGGUUAAGUCUCUGACCAGGUUAAAAGAUUUGAGAUGAAGAAGACCGAUCUCUGUUCGAGCACGGAAGGGACUGAGGUGAUUCUGGCGACCUCGAGUGAUGAAAAGCACCCGCCUGAGAAUAUCAUCGAUGGGAAUCCAGAAACCUUUUGGACCACCACGGGCAUGUUUCCCCAGGAGUUCAUUAUUUGUUUUCACAAACAUGUAAAGAUUGAAAAGCUUGUGAUCCAAAGUUAUUUAGUGCGGACCUUGAGGAUCGAGAAGACCACGUCUAAAGAGCCAUUUGAUUUUGAGCAGUGGGUUGAAAAAGAUUUAGUACACACAGAAGGGCAGCUUCAAAAUGAAGAAAUUGUGGCACGAGAUGGCUAUGCCACUUUCUUGAGAUUCAUCAUUGUUUCAGCCUUCGAUCAUUUUGCAUCUGUGCAUAGCAUUUCUGCAGAGGGACUGACAGUCUCAAAUCUUCCUUAGUAAUUACAACAAAAUGCUCUGAACUACUUUUAAAAUAUAUUUAUAGAAACACAAAGUUAUCUUUGAUAUGUUUACUAUUAAAGAGAUUUGUAUCACUCUGUUUCCA